AUGAGUAAGCUGCAGAGCGACGUGCUGCGCGAGGCGAUCACGAACCUGCUGACGGCGUCGCGCGAGAAGAACCGCAAGUUCUCGGAGACGAUCGAGCUGCAAAUCGGGCUAAAGAACUACGACCCCCAGAAGGACAAGCGUUUCAGCGGCUCCGUCAAGCUGCCGCACGUGCCGCGCCCCAAGUACCGCGUGUGCAUGCUCGGAGAUGCCCAGCACGUCGAGGAGGCGGAGAAGAUCAGUCUGGACUGCAUGGGUGUGGAGGCGCUGAAGAAGAUGAACAAGAACAAGAAGCUCGUGAAGAAGCUCGCCAAGAAGUACCACGCGUUCCUGGCGUCCGAGGCCAUCAUCAAGCAGAUUCCCAGGCUGCUCGGCCCCGGUCUCAACAAGGCCGGCAAGUUCCCCACGCUCGUCACCCACCACGAGCCGCUCGAGAGCAAGUUGCUGGAGGCCAAGUCGACGAUCAAGUUCCAGCUGAAGAAGGUGCUGUGCAUGGGCAUUGCGGUGGGCAACUGCGACAUGGAGGAGAAGCAGAUCUUCCAGAACGUGCAGCUCUCCGUUAACUUCCUCGUCUCGCUGCUCAAGAAGAACUGGCAGAACGUCAAGUCGCUGUACAUCAAGAGCACCAUGGGCAAGCCCCUCCGCAUCUACUAA